AUGUCGGCCGCCGCGCGCAGACGCCAGGCAGCCGGGGCGCCGCGACAAGCCCCCGCUGGCGGAGAUGAGGAGCCGGGCAUGGCGGCCCCGAGCCUCAGCGUCUGCCUCAAGCUGCUGGCGGCGGCGCUCUACGGGUUCAGCUCCUUCCUCAUCGUGGUGGUGAACAAGAGCGUCCUCACCAGCUACGGAUUUCCCUCCUCACUAUGUGUUGGACUAGGCCAGAUGGUGGCCACGGUGACUGUGCUUUGGGUGGGAAAGGCGCUCAGGGUGGUGAAGUUUCCAGACUUUGACAGAAAUAUACCUCGAAAGACGUUUCCACUACCUUUUCUAUAUUUUGGGAACCAAAUCACAGGACUGUUCAGCACAAAGAAACUGAACUUGCCAAUGUUCACGGUUCUGAGAAGGUUUUCUAUUCUGUUUACAAUGUUUGCUGAAGGAAUUUUACUCAAGAAGAAAUUUUCUUGGGGCAUUCAAAUGACAGUGUUUGCAAUGAUAAUUGGUGCAUUUGUAGCUGCUAGUGCUGACUUGGCGUUUGAUCUAGAAGGAUAUAUUUUUAUCCUGAUUAAUGAUGUCUUGACAGCUGCAAAUGGUGCAUAUGUAAAACAGAAACUGGAUUCAAAGGAGCUGGGAAAGUAUGGUCUCCUUUAUUACAAUGCACUGUUUAUGAUUCUUCCCACCUUGGCCAUAGCCUAUUUCACAGGAGAUGUGCAAAAGGCAAUGGAAUAUAAAGGCUGGGCAGAUACACUCUUCGUUAUACAGUUUACACUCUCAUGUGUAAUGGGGUUUAUUUUGAUGUACUCCACAGUUCUUUGCACUCAGUAUAAUUCUGCUCUUACAACUACAAUAGUUGGCUGUAUUAAGAAUAUAUUAAUAACCUAUAUCGGAAUGUUUUUUGGAGGAGACUAUAUUUUCACAUGGACAAACUUCAUUGGGUUAAAUAUCAGUAUUGCUGGAAGCCUGGUGUAUUCUUACAUCACUUUUACAGAAGAGCAAUUGAACAAGCAGUCUGAAACUACUAUCAAGAUGGAUAUUAAAGGAAAAAGCUCAGUAUGACCAGGGGAUUACUUAUAAGAAGUAACUCCUUGUUUUUGUUCAAUGCUCACUGGCAGUAUACAGUAAAAAUAUUACACUGUGGGUGUCUGUUAUGGAAUAAUGCUGGUACUCUGCAUUUGCACAAUCUAAAUAUGCUGCCUUUUUUAAAUUUUUAUUAAAAAGAGAUUUAUAAUUGACUGCACAUUAGAUAUACAGCUGGUUAAUUUAAUCCAGACUAUGAGGCAUACAUUUUUUGUAAUUUAUUAUGAUCAAAUCUGGUGGUAGAACCGUGCACGGAUGAUGUAAACACUUUUUGAUUUUUGCAAGAGUACUGUUAAUAUUCUUACAGUUUUGUUUUCUUGCAAGAAAACUUGUCCUAACCUAUCAGUUACAGUUUAGCUUGCCGUCUAGGUUGUCUUGCAGCUAAGCAUAUCAAUGGGCAAUAAUAAAUAUUUGUAAUUCACUUUUAAGGUGAAUGAUUUGACUCAGCUCCAUCCCCUUCAUGCUGUCUAAAAGGGCCAGGGUGAUAUCCAGGGUCUCAAAAAGCCCUGCAUCCCUUUCAGGGCAGAAUUACUCAGUUCAGGUGCAUCGGGCUGCCUUCAGAGGAGGCCCUCACAAACCCUGGUGUGGGAUCAUGCCAGUUGUGGGGAUGGGCGGGUUGGUAUUGUGAGUAGAAGUGUUGCUGUAGCUUGGAGCCUUGUGGAGAUUCUGGGCAGUGCUGCAGCUCAGAAGAGCCCUGUGGAAAAGUACUGUAGCUUAGAUAAGCCCCUGGGGGUGGAACGGGGGAGAACUCUCCAGUCCCUGAAGCAGUUGGGCAAAAAGAUGAUUUAAAGCCAGCAUAGGUCCCUCUGUGCUGGGCUGCAAGUUCUGUGCUGUGCCUCAUGGAGAGGCAACAUGGAAUCUCACCCCUUAGCUCAGAAAACGCAAGUUAACAGAUUAGUUUACUUUAUUUUCGAGAAUGAAGCUACUGAAGCAGGGUAACAUUUAUAGACUUUCACUAACUGUAAGCCAACUGUAGGCCAUGCAUAGAUCAUAAAAAGAAGAUACAUAAUUUGAGCAAUUUUUAUUUAUUGUCAAUAUUAAGCUUUCAGAGGAACAAGAAAAAGGGAAAGAAAAGAGUUUUCUCUAGAGCUAGAAUAUAUACAGAAAUGAAGGGAGACUGAAAUGUAACUCCUUUUUUUAUUUACUAAGGAAAGGAAUGGCUCUGCAACCUUGCAUAUGCAAGUGCAGAUCUUUCAGCAGAUGUAUCAAUUCUGCAAUACACUCUUAUUUCAGUCAGUCAUCCGGUUUUAAGUUUUUGGCCAAAACAUUGGCUUGAAUAGUCAGUGAUUUUAGUAGAUGUUUAAUUGUUUUCAUUAACUUUUAAGCCUGUACUCAUCCUGCUCAGAUUCUGCAUGCCUCACAAUAGCUUAGUACCUCUUCUUGUAAAGCUGAUGUAGGAUGGUGGAAUUCGUGAAUAGGUGGUGGGAUGAUGGUACGCUACCUUCCAAUUUUAAAUAAUGUAUUGGAGAACUCAGCAGCGAAGCACUGAAUUAAAAUAAGACCUAUCCUGCAGUCAUACAUGAGUAACUUUACUUACAUUAGUAAUCCCACUGGACAACUUAAUAAGUAAAGGUACUCAUGUGCAUAAGUUUUUGCACUCGUUCCAAAUCAAGUGAAAAUCUGUGUCUAAAAGAUUUUUUUAAAUGAAUUAAUGUUUUUGAUUCCCUUCCAAUCCCAAUACCAAGUGUGCCCCAUUAUUCUGAAACAAUAGUAAAAGAAUAAAUUGGAAAUGUUAUCUUUUUAGUUUAGUAAAUUAACAGUUAAUCCAUGUAUAACAUUUUGUGCAGCUACACAUUGACGGGUCACCUAGAAUGAAUAUUUGUUAUCUCAUGGUAGAGAAAUAUCUUUAUUCUUCUAGAAGAUGUCAAGGUAAUUCAUUAAUUGGUGCAUUUAAUUUGUACCAUUAUAUGACUGAUACAGUUCUGAUGUUUUAACUCUAUCCAAAUUUUAUGCUCUGUUCAGUUUAUUUUUGGACGCAGUAAAAUUUCUUUUACAUUGUGAGAAAUAUUUUUAAAAUGUCAAGCCGUAUUGAUUUUUUAAAAAAAAUUUAAAAUUGAUGCAAUACUUCUGUCUGUCGUCUUCCCUUUGAAUCUUUCUUUGGUUAAAAUUGUACACUUAUCAUUUUCCCACAAUGUAUUCCUACUCCUACCCUUCACUUACAAGAAGAGACUUUCACAGGCAAUUAAUCUAAUUGCAUUUGGAAGGAUAUUUGGUGGAAAACUGAGUGACAUGGUGUUGAAAGAAACAUCGCAUUUCAGAAUAUCUUUUAGAUAAUUGAGAUGGGCAUUUCUGUAACACUUUCUGUAGAAACAUUUAAUCAGCAUAAUGUGUGUUUGUUUACUGUGUUUCUUUGGCAGUUUGCAUUGUUAGUCUAGUCCUCCAUUUUAGAAUCCUUAAAGGUAGCUUGCUUAUCUAGUUCUUGUUUUAAUUGAGCCAAAUGGAAAAAUUAUGUAUGAUACCCAUAUACCGCAGGAAAAGGAUGGGGGAGCAUUCAACACAAACGACUCAAAAACUUACCUGAUAUGUUCCUGCUUUUGCUAGCUUCCUAAAAUCAUGCAGCCAGCCCCUGCUCUACUGUGUUUCCUCACUAUGAUCCAUAAGGUGGUGACAUGGCUACUAGUGUCAGCCAAAGGGGCUAUCCUGUUAAGUGCCGUUUAAGUGUGGUGCGGUUUUGUAAAGUCACUUCUUUGACCCUGAUGGUCAAUAGGCUUUGCAAAAACACUACCCUCUUACGCCAGUAGUUUAAAAACAGUCCCGUACUCUUGUGGCCAGCUCCAGGUUAGCAGUGGCAGCACAGGAGACAUUAGUUGAGGAAAGUAAACUUUAGAUUAUUUUUUGUGCUGAAUGUCUCUUACUGUGUCUUAUGGAAUAUUGUAGCUCAUAUACAAAAUAAAGGCCUGGCAGGAAAUCUUAACACACCCCAAAAAAAAAUUAAUAAUAGGCUAGGGAAACAAAUUUUCUCUUUAAUUUUAGCUUGUCGUGAUCCCCAUUCUUUUUAUAAAAUUUGGAUCUUUAUUUAAAUAUUGAAAUCUCAACUUUACAUGUGAUAAAUGUACCUGUUUUUAAAUGUCAAGGUCAGCAACUCUGUCAAAAGAGUUUUCAACUCCGCUUAUUCUGCUAUAAACCUCAAAAUAGGCUCUCAAAUUCUUUCUUUCUUUUUUCUUAUGUCUCCUUGUCCUCGCACCCUCUGAUGUGGGAAUCUGGAGCAAAUAGCAUCAUAAUGCCACCAACUGGAAGCAAGAAUGCAAAGAACUGCUAGAUCCUGCCGCUGGACAUAAAAGCCUCAGCACUGUCCCAUCAGUUUGCCUUUCCUCCUUUGGAAGCCUGAAGUCCUUGCUUCAGCUCUCCUGCCAUCUCUUUUCCCUUUUUCUCUUUUGUGGGGACUUUAAAGAAAAAAUGGGACAGAAUUGAGGGGUGGGGAGAAAGAGAAGUAAGAAGCCAGCAGCAGUUUCUCAGAUGGAGAGUUGAAGGCAGAGCAAGUUGCUGUUCAGUUAAGCACCACCCUUCAAGGGGGUUGCAUCUAGGGCCAACUAUUCAUAAAUGCCACCACUCAGGGAUGGUAUGCCCAGUCUGCCCCCCACCUCUAAAGUGGGAGUGGCAGCUCCCCUCCCCAGCCCUUGGUAGGCAUCCCUCCUCUGAAGGGUCUUUGGGGACCUCCCUCCCAAAUGUAUUUCUGGUCCUGCAAACUCGGGCUUAGGAGAGAGGGAUCAGGCCUCCAAGCCCCUUGGUUGAGCCUAGUUCUGAUGCUAAUACCAGUGUCCUCUGACUGGAGACUCUCUCAUCCUCUGAAUUCUCAGUUUGGAAACCCCCAAAGAUACUGUUUUCAAGCAUACAUGGUUCUUCGCAGAAGAGGGGGUUCUCUUUUCCUUCCACUUGGCCAUCCUGGACCUUGCGUCCAAGGAAUGGAACUGGGUGGACCUGUGCACCCAAGACUCUCGCCCUAAGGCUAGAUGUUACCCUGUUUCACCUGAGGAACCAGACGAAGUGUUAGCUAUUCUUAGGGUGGAUGCAUAGGCCUUAUGUCUCACUUCUAAAUUGUUCUCUCAUGGAGGUAUGUGUCCACCCUAUGGACAAGACUUGGGGUGGACUUGGCCCUUAGUACAGCUUACAAGCUCGCAGUAGUGACUGCAUAUUGCAGCUCAUUUUGCUUCGGGGCCUAAGCUCUGCUUUUCCCCUGACACCAGAACUAUGGGCUUUCUUCACUGCCCCUGGUCUAUAGAAGCCACUUCCAUUUUGUGUAAAGCUGCCUGCAUGCAGAGUUUCCACUGUGGGUCAGAGACACAUUUGGCGUUGGGAGUGGAAUGCAGAUGGGGGAGUAAAGUCAAAGCUGGCCAGAUGCCCCUUUUAAAGGGCUUAAUCUCUUUGACUGUCUAGAUGCUGCUACCAUGAGGCAUGUAGAUUAUUCUAAGAAGCACCCCCCGUCCUCGGGGAAUGUGCCCCCCCGUUAUCCCUUGCUGAAAGCCCAUGCUCAGGUGUUGGCAGGGAUCCUCUUUGGUAUUCUAUGACAGGUCAGCCCUUGGUUCUGUGGGAUUCAGGUCUUUCGUGAGCCCAGGAGGCUGCUGUUUAAACACUUCUUUCCGCUGCUUUCCCAGAGCAGCCGGUUGCACUCAGGCCAGGUCCAUCCAGGUCCAUAGCUCAUCAGCCCUGCCAUCGUUGGAAGUCAUUUGCAGAUAUUGGUGAAAAUGUGAGCCGCCUCCACCUGAGAUGCCUGAUAACCUUACUCAAGCCCCUUCAGCCUCAUGUCUACUAGAGUCUCAGGACCUCUUGCCUCAGGUGGCCCAGAUCACGGAGGAGAAAUCUUUCCCACCUGGGAACUUCCCCAUCUGGAUACAGUCCUGAGUUCUUCACUAGGAAAGUCCUUCAUUCCCCUGGACAGACUCCGCUCUUUUGAGCAGUCUGUCGUCAGUCAGAUCCUCCUCCCCAGUUCUGGCCUGGAGCCUCCUUUGAUUGUUGAGCCAUGUUGCAGUCUGUGUGGAUCUCCUGGGUGGGGCUCCACCUUUACUCUCUGCAGUCCUUCUUCCUAUCCAGAUGGGAUUCCCUGUUCUUCCUUGGAGGAUAACCCUCUUCAUUCCUCCCUGGAAUCACGUGCAACACCUGCAGCUGUUUGUGUGGCUCUCCUUUCUGUUCACCCUGCCCCCAUUUGUAUUGUCACUGAUGCAAAUCUCUUGGGUUUAGAAGGGGCUCACACCUGGGCAUUUUGUUAACUUCGAGCCUCUGUUAACUGGAGGAACACACAUUGAAUAUAAAUCUCCUUGAACUGCAGGCUGUACGUUUGGAUCUCAUAGCUUUGGAAUCCUUAGUUCUCAAUCCUCAUAUCCUCGUUCACUGGAACAACUGCAUCACAGUGGAGUAUGUCGGCUGCUGGGGGGACCUGCAGGACCUCGCUCCUGGUGGAGGCAUCCCAUCUGGAUAAACCUGGUCUGCUUUCCUUGAGGGCCCUUUAUCUGGAGGGCAACAGUACCCUUGCUUGGCCACAGCCAUUUGGCUCCAGGAGAAUGGAGCCUCCCCCAAGUUUUCAAGGCCAUUUGUCAAAAGUUGGCACCAUAGCCAAUUUUACCUUUUUCUGUUUCCAGACCCUGGGCUCUCCUAUAUGAUGCAUUUGCAUGGAGCUGGAGUGUCACUGCUUCUUGAAAAGCUGCUGA